CCCCGAGGCAGGCGGGGAGCGGGAGGAGGAGCAGGCCUUCCUGGUCAGCCUCUACAAGUUCAUGAAGGAGCGACACACGCCCAUCGAGAGGGUGCCCCAUCUCGGCUUCAAGCAGAUUAACCUGUGGAAAAUCUACAAAGCAGUGGAGAAGCUGGGGGCCUAUGAGAUGGUGACGGGCCGCCGCCUCUGGAAGAACGUGUACGACGAGCUGGGGGGCAGCCCGGGCAGCACGAGUGCGGCCACGUGCACACGCCGCCACUACGAGAGGCUGGUGCUCCCGUACGUGCGGCAUCUGAAGGGGGAGGACGACAAGCCGCUGCCCCCGUCCAAGCCCAGGAAGCAGUACAAGAUGGCCAAGGAGCCCCGGGGGGAUGACGGGGCCCCUGAGAAGCCGAAGAAGGCCAAGGAGGAGAAGCAUGGCCUUUUCUCCUUCUAGAUGGUACCUGGAAAGACGAAAACUGACGCCGCCCCUAACCUGGCGCGGCUUCCCAGCCAGGAGCCCCCCCGGGAGGGCCCAGAACAGCCAGGCCCGGCCCUGGGGCCCUCUCUGCCCUUCGUGGGUGCCGGAGGCUGUCCUGAGGCCUACAAGCGGCUCCUGGCCACCUUCUACGGCAAAGGAGCCCACGGCAUCAUGUCUCCACUGGCCAAAAAGAAGCUCCUGGCCCAGGUGAGCAAGGCAGAGGCCUUGCAGUGCCAGGAGGAGGGCUGUCGCCAUGGGGCAGGCAGUCCCCAUGGGGACCCCCAGGCAUCCCCAGCUGUUCUCGUGCCGGGAAGUCCGCAGAGCCCGGGAAGGCCAGCUGAGAACUCCAGGCACCGGCUGACCCCUCAGGAGGGAUUACAGGCCCCUGGUGGCAGCCUCAGGGAGGAGGCUCAAGCGGGUCCCCGCCUGCCAGCCCCCAUCUUCACUGGCUGUUUCCAUGCAUACCCCACUGAGGUGCUGAAGCCUGUCAGCCAGCACCCCCGGGACUUCUUGCCCAGUUUUAAAGAUGGGGUGCUCUUGGGGCCUCCUGGCAAAGAGGAGGGCCUGGCGGUGAAGGAGCCCCAGCUGGUGUGGGGCGGGGACGCCAACCGCCCGUCUGCAUUCCAUAAAGGCAGCUCUAGAAGGGGCAGCCCCUACCCCAAGCCCAAAGCCUGCUGGGUGUCCCCCAUGGCCAAGGUCCCUGCCGAGAGCCCUGCUCCCCUCGCUACCUUCCGUAGCAGCCCAGGCCUGAGCAAGAAGCGCAGCCUGGAAGAAGAGGGCUUGGCCCAUGGCGGCAAAAAACUGCGGGCCGUGUCUCCCUUUCUUAAGGAGGUGGACGCCAAGGAGUGUGGGGCCAAAUCCAUGGGGUCUGGCUUGGCCGUGUCCUGCCUGCUGGGCCCAGCGCUGGGGCCUGCCCUCCCCGAGGCCUAUAGGGGCACCAUGCUGCGUUGCCCGCUGAACUUUGCCGGCACCCCGGACCACUUAAAGGCCCAGGCCACGCUCCCCUUCAGCCCCCUGGUCAUCCCUGCCUUGCCGGCCCACUUCCUGGCCACGACAGCGCCCUCCCCCGUGGCCACGGGUCUGAUGCACUUCCCCCCGGCGUCCUUCGACAGCACCCUUCGCCACAGACUUUGCCCAGCCUCAUCUGCAUGGCACGUGCCACCUGCCACCACCUACGCAGCACCCCACUUCUUCCACCUCAACACCAAGCUUUAGGUCCGAGCCCCCGUGCUGUGCUGUGCAGGGUCUGAAAUGGCCUGUGCUGGGGGGCACUGCCCGGGGUCUGGGCUGGAGCCUAGUGCCCAGGAGAGCUUGGCUGUGCGCAGAGCAGGAACGCGCCCCUGUCUGGGCGGCCUGGCACAAAGAGGGAGGCCGUGGGAAAACCGGGUUUGUCUCAAGGAAGCAGCCUAAGCCCGGGGCCCCAGUUGCGGGGCAUCGGGAGAAGACAGUGCCCGGCUGGCAGCCCCCAGCUAGGUCCCCAGAGUGGAAGCCAGGAACGUGCUGAAGGGCUGAGGCGCUGGGUAGCAGCUUGAGGUAUCCAGGCUGCCCGUGGAAAAUCCAAUAAAAGACCAACG